AUGGUACGAUUUGAUAAUAGUCUCCAUGAAGUUGACUUGAAUGCACAGUUAGGUGAUGAGUAUAAAACUUUAUCCCACUCACUUAAACGGGGAGUGACACAUGAUAAUAAUUGUACACACCAUUUAAUGCACCAAUAUACAGUAUCAAAUUUAUCUUAUGCAGUCUCAAACCUUACCGUCUCCGAUGAAGGAUCAUCAAGCGAGAUCGAAACUACCUUAAGCAACACAUACAGCUAUUAUUACCGCAUACAUGGUCUCCGAGUUAUUAAUUUAAUAACAAAGCAACAUCUUUUACUUAUAGUGAAAUUAAUCAAUGGUAAUUGCUUGAAUAGCGCAUCCAGGAAUAUCAUUUCAUUAUACAAUAACACAAAUAGGAAUUCCAUUUCAGAGAUUCAGCAAUUGCUUCUAUGUGAUUAUACAAAAAACAAUAAGGAAUACUUAUCCUCAUUGAAGAUAUUAGUGUUACAAACAUUAUUAAAAAAGCAUGAUGUAUCUGAGAGCAUUAUUAGUGUCAUAAAGCUGUUUGCCUACGAUAGAAAGCUUUUAUUGGAGGAUCAUAAAUUAAAGAAGAAUACUGUAAUUAAAUUAAUACUUAACUACUACUCUAAGUUCAAGGAAUAUCGUUUGCUUUUUGGAUUGAAGUUCUUGCAGUAUAUUGCACAAUUUAACUUCAGAUAUGAUGAGUUUAUAAAAAACAUGACUAGAGAUGCUUUCUUACAGCAGUUAGGAAGACAGAAGACUUCAAACAAUACUCUCACAUCAAGAUACUUGAGCAUGUUCUAUUUCAGUUACCAGAUGCAAUAUAAAUCAAAUAAUGAUCAACUAUUUUCUAGUACAUCGGCUGAGCAUGUGCCAGAAGGAUUUUUCAAUUUACAGAAUGUAGUUACUAAUUUAGAGCGGAAUGAAAGGUUCUUUGACAAGUAUAUGAUGUCUACCAAGCAAUUAAAUGACCUUAUCAACAUUAUCGCUGAAGAGGGAAGAGUCUUUGAGAAAGAGCUUGAUGAGAAAAGCAUUUUGUUGAUACAAAGAAUAUUGUCAAUUUUUCAAAUAAAAUGCUACGAGAUAUCGAAACCAGUCUUGAAAUUUUUGGAUAAGAUAAUAAUCUUACUGAAUAGCAAUGUGAAGUAUUUAUCUAACGAUAUUUCUCCCCUUAUAAAACUUAUCGAGUCCAUGAUACAGUUUUGUACAACAAACUCUCUACAUAAAACGUUUGAGAACACCAUGGCUGUGGCAUAUAACAUUGCACUGAAAACAAAAAAUUCUGAGUUACUUUUACUGGUAUCUAAAUUUGAAUUUUCUAGGUUGUUAUUGAAUUACAAAGAAACCGAAAAAAUCAAACCAUCUGAUCUGAAUAAAUUCAAUGUAUUUCUUUCUGCAACUAAAGAGAUUAGAAACAGAUACAAAAUUUUACAAAUUUUUUAUCAUCAUACUUUAUUCGACGGUAAAGAGCACUUUAAUGAAGUCUACGCAGUUUGUGAAUAUAUAGCCGCUAUUGUCAAAAGGAAAAUCGGGACUCUAAAGUGGGAAAACCUAGAAUGCAAGUCAGAAGUAAUGAAGGGAAUAAUUGCCGGAGUUACAAAUGAUAGGUACCCAAAUAAUGAGUGUAUGGAGCCCUGUAUUUUACUACUUCAAUCGUCAUUCUUCCCCGAAAAAGUGCUUACUUCAGAGGAGUAUAACGAUAGUAGUAAUCAAGAUGGCAUUGUGUAUGACGUUUUUCCGCUUCUGAAAUGCAACUAUUUGUUAAAUAAUGAUAUCGCAAAGGGAAGAACAAUGUAUCUGGUGCAGGUCACUAAAACAUUUUGUCAGUUUGCUACCAAAGAUAAUAAAGUUAAUUAUUGCUCCAGAAUCGAGAACGAUUUUAUCAAAAAGCUGCUUAACUAUCUAUCGAUAAAUGGCUACCAUAAACUUCUUCUAUCAGUUGUUGGAAUUUUAGAGAAAAGAACAGAAUAUUACAAAACUUUAUCAAAUGAUUAUAUCACUUAUAAGGCUCAUUCGUGUAUGCGUUUGAAAUUAAAGAAUAGGACAAAACAUGUUUUUGAUCAAUUUACUAAUCAAAAAGGAGAAAUCAAAUUUGAUGACGAGAAAGAUAUUUACAACCAUUUAAUUAUGAGUUUGUUGUACGCUUCCUGGGAAGAUUCACCCGAACUUUUUACUUCUAGCAAUGAAAGAGUACCCAAGGAUAUUAAGGAGCAUAUUUUGGAUUUUAGUACUAAUGACAAAUCUAACCUGAAUAAAUACUUUCAGAAACUUAUUUUCAAUAUUAAGUUUGCUAACUAUUAUGCCAGCUUGUUAAACCAAAAGAAGUGCUACUCUUAUGCAGUGGAGGUCAGUAAAAAAGGUCUAAAAAUUGGAAAAUCUGUUCUAAAAAUAAUUGAAAAGCUAGAUUUAAAUGACAGAUUAACAGUUUUGAAUCAAUUAGUAUCAUCUUAUUCCAAUUUAAUUAAAAUCUACACUGCAGUGGGUCUUGCGAAGGGCGCUCAAUAUUACUGUAAAGAAGUUACAAAAUUACUGCCAGUUUUUGACCAACCUAUUUUUUUAUUUUCAGUACAUGUUCUCUUAUUUGAAUUUUAUCUAGAGAAUGGGGAUUAUGAUUCUGCGUUGACGCAUAAGAAAAAUGCAAACUAUGUCUUUGAUAAUCUAAAUGCAGAGCAUGAUAUUAUCAAUACUACCAGCUUUUUAUAUAUUAAUGAAGAAUAUGAUAAAAUCCAGGAGUCACUAAGAUUGUACUUCGGUUAUGACCUGAACGAUACCGACUUUUUUUUGAGCUGGAAACUUAAGCUCGGUAACAUCUGUGAUGAAUGUCCAACACAAUAUAGUAAUAUGAAUUUCUUUAACAAGAUUGUACAUAUCAACCAGAGAUUAGUACUAGAGAUUGAUGCAGAUCCAUUUUUGAAAAGUUUGAAUGAAACAAUUUUAGCAAAUUUGAAUUGUGUAUCACCAGGGAGUUUAAGCAAUAUUUUGGAUGUUGGGAUGAUAUCAUCAAACAGCACAAAUCGGUCCUCGAACAUGACACCCAAACGGAGACCGACAAGUUUUAAAACUAAUAAGCACAUUGUAAUGGAUAUACUGGACGAGUUCUUUACAACAUUUAACGCUAUGAGACAAGAACUCACUGAAAGAAACGUAAUUUUAAAGGUUUCUGAUAUCUACCGACUAAACUAUUUUUACCUAAUUUCGUUACUGUCAGUACCAGAGUCGAGGAAGCAAUUAAUUGAAGAAACAAUCACUCAGUUAAAUGAGUUACCUUCGGAAAUAACACAUACUUAUGAAAGUUUACUGGCCGAUAAAAAUUGCGACAUAUAUGGUAAAACUAUAUUUGAACUCGAAUCAUCAAAUUAUGAGAUUAUGAAAUCUAAAAAUGUAACGCUUAACUGGGAAGAGCAAAUUGGAAAAGACCGUUUACUAGAUUUGUGUAAUAUCACAGUGGAAGUAAUAUGCAUUGAUAUAUGUAAACUGACUAAUACUCUGAUAAUAAGAAGAAUUUCAAAUCUGGAUUCGAAAAAUAUCAUGGCCAAAAUACCCAUAGAUCGAAAUGUUUCUAGGGAUUUAGAUGCAGAUUCUUUAACAUUUCAACAAGCGUCAGAAAGUUUACAAAAGAUAAUUAACGAUAGUAAUGAAAGUGUAUCCAAAAAUGUUACUGAAACUAUAAAAGACAAGAAUGAUGUACGCAACUGGUGGAAACGAAGGUAUGAUUUAGAUGAAUUACUUGGCAAUCUAAUUGAGAGGAUUGAGAAAACAUGGCUAAAUGGGUUAUCUGGUAUAUUAAACGGAUUGUAUUGUGAUAAGGAUGCGCUACUAGAAUUUCAAUCAAAGAUAACCGCAAUUUUAAAUCAGAUACUACCUAGCAGGAGAAAUUGUUGUAACAGAGCAAAUUUUCUACAGCUGGAUGAGUGGAUAAUCAGUUUAUUGUUAGAUCUAGAUCCUAGUGAUCUUGGAUUUUUCACUGCACUUGAAGAUGUCAUUUAUUUUAUUUUGGAUACUCUAUCACAUAAAGGUGAAGAAAAUGCUUAUGAUGAAAUAGAUUUUGGGUUACUCCAUGUAUUAUUGGAAGAAGAGAUCAGAAAGGUUCGAGUAAACAAAAAAUUAUUCACCAAAAUCGAACAUACCUUCUUAGUUGUGGGACCCAGUUGUCAUACAUUCCCUUGGGAAAUAAUGAAACCACUCAAAGGUCGCUCAGUUACUAGAGUACCAUCGCUUACUAUAUUAUCCAAUUUAUUGUCUAGCAUUAAAGGAAAUUUACCUGUUAAAAUUGAAAGGACGAACGAUAUUUCAAUGAUAUUGAAUAGCAAUAGCGACCUUGUUCGGACAGAAAAGACCUUCAAGGAUAUUUUUGAAAGGAUUCAGGAUAGUCGAGCUGGAUCUCGACUUUUAGUCAACCAAAAACCAACUGAGGAAGAAUAUAUGGACUAUUUGACUAAUUCAAAGGUAUUUUUGUAUGUAGGACAUGGUGGGGGGGAGCAAUACGUUCGUAACUGUACAAUAGAAAGGUGUGACAAGCUACCUCCGGUAUUUCUAAUGGGUUGUUCUUCAGCAGCGACAAAGCUUAAUGGAAAUCUUAAUCCAAACUGUGUAGCGGAAUCAUACAUGUAUGGUAACUCUGUUAUGGUCUUAGGUAACCUCUGGGAUGUUACUGACAAAGAUAUUGACAAGUUUAGUAUCGAGAUGCUUGAGAAAUGCAAUUUACUUGAUGCGAAACCAAACACAGUGAUUACUGGGGUUCCCCAAGCAGUUGCUGAUUCAAGGACUGUAUGCCACUUGAAAUACUUGAACGGAGCUGCUCCUGUUGUGUAUGGACUGCCGGUAGUAUUUAUAUAA